AAGGCAAAGUCGAACUCGGAACGUAACGACAGACGAAAUACGGCUACGCAUUUCACCCGGCGUGCUAACGUUUCUGCCAGCUCACCGCCUUUUAUGUAGAAAAAAUAUAUACAUUGAUAUAUUUUCCAAACAUUUAAAGAAAGUUCUAUGAUUUGGCUAUCAUAAGACAAGAAAAUAAACUAUAAGAGAUUCAAUUCAAAGACAUUUCUCAGUUUCAAGAAUUCCUCAAGUUAAUAUGGACGAUAUUAAUCUUUUGAACACUUCUAAAACAACUUCUGUGAAUGCCAUUGAUUUAAAGAAACACAAAAGUUUACGCACUAAGAAGAAACAGACUGAGUGUGAAAUAUGUGAAAGGUCCUUUGUCACUAACAGUUCCUUAACAAAACAUAAAAAGACCCACACUGGUGAUAAACCUUUCCACUGUGAAAUCUGUGGAAAACCAUUUGCAAUGAGUGGAACAUUAACGAGGCACAAACGAAUGCAUACUGCGGAAAAAUGUUAUCAUUGUGAAAUCUGCGGAAACUCGUAUUCAAAAAAUAUUCACCUUGUUGUCCACAAGUGUAGCCACACGGGAGAAAAACCGUUCCACUGUGAGGAAUGUGGAAGGUCCUUUGUCACUAACAGUUCCUUAACAAAACAUAGAAAGACACACACUGGUGAUAAACCUUUCCACUGUGAAAUAUGUGGAAAAUCAUUUGCGCGGAAUUUCAGGCUUGUUAUCCACAGACGUACUCAUACGGGAGAAAAACUGUUCCACUGUGAAAUCUGUGGAAUGUCGUUUAUUGAGAAUAGUUCGUUAAUACGUCAUAAACGAAUUCACACUGGAGAAAGACCUUUCCACUGCGAAGUGUGCGGAAAAUCUUUCCCACAAAAUGCACAGCUUGUAACUCACAUACGUGUUCACACUGGGGAAAAGCCUUUCCGCUGUGAAAUAUGCGAGAAAAGUUUUAUUACAAAUAGUAAAUUAAAAGUCCACUUGAGAUUCCACACUGGGGAAAAACUGUUCCGCUGUGAUAUUUGUGGGAAAGGUUUUGUGUACCAUUCUAAAUACGCUGCCCAUAUAGGUAGUCACACCGGCGUAAAACCUUUCCGCUGUGAAAUAUGUGCGAAAUCUUUCUCCGAUAAGACGCACCUAGUUGUCCACAAACGAACCCACACUGGGGAAAAACCGUUCCACUGCGAAGUGUGCGGAAAAUCAUUUGCUACGAAUACCCACCUUGUACUUCACAAGAAAAUACACACAAGAGAAAAAGUUUUUAUUUGUGAAAAAUGUGGUGAUUCGUUUAAUGAAAAGUCAAAUUAUGUUACUCACAAACGGGUACACUCUGGAGUAAAAGCUUUCUAUUGUGAGAUCUGUGGAAAAUCCUUCUCAAGUCCGUAUAACGUUAUAGUUCAUACUCGUAGUCACACCGGAGAAAGGCCCUAUCAUUGUGAAAUUUGUAAGAAAUCGUUUAUUUGUAAAAGUCAUUUGAAUAAGCAUAAACAAACCCACACAGGAGAGAAGCCUUUUGAUGAUGAAACAUGAAAAAUCCUUCCCACAUAAAUUUAAUCCUUAACCCUUUAGCAUUUAAACCGGCCAUAUCCGGCCAAAAGUAUUCUGCUUUUUUUUAUGUUCAAACUGGCCAUACUCUCUCUUUACUCUUUUACUUGUUUCAGUCAUUUGACUGCGGCCAUGC